GCCAACCGCCAUUAUAAAGAAAGAAGAAGAAGUCAUGUGACCUAGCAUCUCCACUCCAUCCAUUAUGGCGGCGACCAUGUCUGUCUUCCACAGAGUAAGAACAGGAUCGAAACCUGGCGCACUUUACGACCAGGAUGGCCAGCUGAUCCAGGUGGAGAGCAGAGAAGAUGAGGAGCAGAGCGUGAAGCUGGCGGAAAUCCUGGAGCUGCUGCUGGCUGCGGGAUACUUCCGGGCCCGCAUCAAAGGCCUGUCCCCGUUUGAUAAGGUUGUUGGUGGAAUGACUUGGUGCAUAACCACUUGUAACUUUGACAUAGAUGUGGAUCUACUGUUCCAAGAAAACUCCACCAUUGGCCAGAAAAUAGCCCUGACAGAGAAAAUCGUUUCUGUUUUACCAAAGAUGAAGUGUCCUCAUCGCCUUGAACCCCAUCAGAUCCAAGGCUUAGAUUUCAUUCACAUUUUCCCAGUGAUACAGUGGUUGGUGAAACGAGCCAUAGAAACAAGAGAAGAGCUGGGAGAUUAUGUGAGAGCCUAUUCCAUUUCUCAGUUCCAGAAGAGCCACACUUUCCCUGAGGAUAAUGAACUUCUCCAGAGGAAAGACGAGGCUGUGAAGGCUGUUCUGGAUGUAUUGGAGGUGUACAAACCUGAGAGAAAGUACAGAAGGCAGAGGGAUGCAGGACUCCUUCUGGAUGAGGAGUCCAGGGUCCACUCCACUCUGCUGGAAUAUGGCAGACGUUAUGGACUCCAUAAGCAGUGUAAACAAAACAAGGAAGAUGAGGGGAAUGUCUGUGGGUCUCAUGUGAUGCCUGCUGGGAUUGUCGAGAUGUUGGAAGAAGACAACUUACAGGCAGCAGAGGAGAUGCGGAUUAAAUCCCUGAUGACGAGUAUGGCUGUGAUGGCAAUUGGAGAGGGGAAGCUGACUGCGAGUGCUGUGGGGCAGAUAGUUCAACUCCAAUCUGAGGAGAUCAAAUUGAUUGCCUCUGAGUAUGCCGAAAAGCAGUUGGAGUUUUCUUCAGAGGUUUCUUCUUUAGAGCGCUUUGGUCCAAUGCAGCAGCACCGCCGGGAAGUUGCCUCUAUAAACAAACAGAUUCAACAAAAGACCAAGCAGUUGGAGGAGCUUAAAGUCAAGCAUGCAGAGAUGAAAGCCUGCAAUGAAGAGGCAAAGAGGAGUCUGCUGGAGGCUAAGGAACACUCAGUAAAACUGGAGAGUGAGAUGAAGUCAUUAAAGGAGAUGGAGGAGCAAGCAGACAGUGGCCUGAUUGAGAAGCUCAGGGCUUUGGUGAUGAUGAAUGAGAACCUGAAGCAGCAGGAGCAGCAGUUUCGCACACACUGCAGAGAAGAGAUGGCCCGUUUGCAGCAGAACAUUCAAGAGCUGAAGUCAGCAUCAGGCCAGGACACAGAGGAGGAGCAGGAGAGAAACCAGCUAAUAGACCAACAGUACAACUCAGACAGAGAGAAACUGCAGAAAAUCCGCCUGCUCAUGGCUCGCAGGAACAGAGAGAUCGCAAUCCUGCAGAGGAAGAUUGAUGAGGUGCCUAGGCGGGCUGAGCUGACCCAGUACCAGAAGAGAUUUAUUGAACUCUACAGUCAAGUUUCUGCUACACACAAAGAGACCAAGCAGUUCUUUACCCUCUAUAACACCUUGGACGAUAAGAAGAUCUAUCUUGAGAAGGAGGUAAAUCUGCUGAAUUCAAUUCAUGACAACUUUCAACAAGCCAUGUCAUCUGCAGCCACCAAAGAUCAGUUCCUCAGACAGAUGGAGCAGAUAGUAGAGGGGAUCAAACAGAGUCGCAUCAAGAUGGAGAAAAAGAAGCAGGAAAACAAAAUGAGAAGAGAUCAGCUGAAUGAUGAGUACCUGGAGCUGCUUGACAAGCAGAGACUCUACUUCAAAACUGUCAAAGAUUUUAAAGAGGAGUGCCGCAAAAAUGAGAUGCUGCUUUCCAAGCUGAGAGCUAAAGGAGCUUCCUAAUUUUCUUCUACAUGCUGGCUCUGUGCUUUGUUUUGUUUUUACUUAGCCUGAACACUGACUGAAUACACUUGGACUGAGGUGUGUGAGAUCAUUGAACAUGGUUAUUUAAGACAAAGACGGUAGUCUAGAAAGAUGUGGGUCAUUUAUUUAUUUUUUUUUUUUUCUUUUUUAUGGGGUUGCAAAUAAUCCCACAAGUAACAUGUUUGGUGAUAUCUGUUUAGCUCACACCAUAGGUGUACUGUAACACUUCUCUAAAUCAAACCAAUAUUCUUGAUAUUGUUUAUUUUCCCAAAGUCCUCAAAAGGUUUGUGACACUUGUAUGUUCCUGCUUCUAUGUGUUGUUAAUGUGCACAGUCGGGGCACGGUACUCCACCACGGGAGGAAUGGAAAAAAACAAUCUAAAUUGUUAGGAUUAAUUGGAAUGUAUGUACUUGACUUUGUGAAGUGCCUUGAGACGACAUGUUGUGAAUUGGCGCUAUAUAAAUAUAACUGAAUUUAAUUGAAUUAAAUGGCUGAAGAUUCUUAAUGAAACUAUAACAUUAAAUCAUCUUGUCAUUUGAGGUUAAAUGAUUCUAGAAUAGCUUCUUAUUCUUGUUAGCACAUGCUCAUGUCUAUAUCAUUGAGUUUUAAUUUCAAUAAAGGAAUGUUUUGACCUUAA